AUGCCUUGCGGAAGCAGUCUGCGGGGGCGGCGACAGGUCUGUUUGCUCAUCCUCACGCUCUUAUGCGCCUUGCCAGCGUCAGUGAGGGCGGAAUCCGCGACGCUGACGGACCCCAUCACGGGGGAGGUAGUAGUGCUGACGCCCGGAAAGAUGCACUCCUCUGUGAAUCCCCCCUCCUCCGUUGUAGGGCUGUGGCCACAUGGAGAUGUCCGCGACGAAGACACCGUCUUCUUCAAAGCUGAGGAUGAGGCGUAUGAGAAGUGGAUGACGAGGAAAAAACAGAGGCAGUGGGAGCAACAGCAGCGAAAAGGAAAAGGAGGCGAGGGCAAGGACAAGGAGGGUGAUAACAAGAGGAAGCAGGGAAACUCCAAAAAGGCGUUAAAAAUGAGAUUGGAGAGUUUUUCAGCACAAGCUGUGAGGAGUCGGAAUAAUGCCCGUAGUGAACGUCUCAAAGAGCUCAAGAACAUAUCCUUGUUUGAACUUGCGUGGGAUGAAAUCCGCGUUGAUGCUGAUCGUGUAAAAGAGCUUCUCUAUGAGGCCUCUUUAUUUGUUUCUCAAGAAAUUCCUGGCAGCACACCUGAAGAGCAGUACGCUCACCUUCUGAAAACCGCGUUUAGCCACACCAUAAGGAACAUGACGCAGAAACGGGGGAACGUGUGGAUCGAGAAAUGGAUCUAUACCCUUCCUUAUCCAAUGGUUCUUGAUGGAAUAACCGUGGGACAUGCUGAGCGGGAGGUGCGCAAUAUCAAGAAAUAUAUGAGUCGGGUGGAAGCGGCACAACGCACUGCAAAUGCGAUGGAGAAUAUUCAGGAUGCUAAUUACAUCAAAAUGAGGAUUAAGGAGAGUCUUCGUGACUCUACAGAGAUGCUUAAUGCCAGUAGAGAAGCACACAAGAUGGUUAUUGACCUUGUGCUUCCUCUUAUGUCACAUUUUCGUCAGAGUAUCACCACCCAGAUUCGGGAUAUCAAUGUCAAGAUUGUUGGAAAUGACGAGUCUACUUCACUUCUGCGUCAGCAGUUGAAAGAGUGGACGCGGCGUAAGAGUAUCCUCAAGGCUUCUAAUGAAAAGGGGAUGAAGGUGGAACUUGAAUUGCGCCGGGCCGUGUAUGGUAAUACCCUGCUUCCAGAGGAGACCUUCAUUUUCUCCCUUGCUCUUAUUGCCAAGGCACGUUUGGGGCAAAACACGGGUCUCGAAAGCGUGGACCUGGUAACAGACCUUGGGACAUGUGUCUCGCUCACCGCCGCUCAGGAGGCGGAGUUGAAGGCGGCCCUCUAUAACCCGUUUGUAAUUGGUUUCAUGAUCGUGGCCGCUUUGAGUUGGGUACUGUUAGGAAUACGCGAGUUCUGGUUGAAGCGAGUGCGGCAGUCUUUGUAUUCCGUGCAACGCACACCUGACGUGAGCGUCUAUGCGAGUGGGCGAGUUCAUUUUUUGCGCCUUUGCCUUCGAGUAAACUUGGUGCUUGAGGCAUUGAUACCGUUCCUAGUCCCCACAUUUUUCCUGUACUUUGCGCUUACCCGCAAAAAAGAGGGAAUCUCUCUCUAUUACAUCUUUCUUCUCUCGCGGCCAGCACAAAAACUGGCGUUGGUCAGUGUUCUGGUUUUGUUAUACGUCCUGAGUUUUGUUGUGUUUUUCCUGAUGAGUGCGCUCUAUAGAUACUCCUCCAACUCCUCACCACGGCGGAAGCUUAAAAAGUCUUGA